AUGGCUACUUACCAAUACGAAGAUUCAUUACCUGAAUUGCCUGUGCCUCCGUUAAGUUCCACCAUCAAUCAAUUGUUGGUGGCAAUAAAACCUUUAGUUUCUGUGGAUGAGUACAAUGAAUUAUUGAACGAAUCCAGUGAGUUCUUGAACCAUCCUUUGAUUUCACAGAUUCAACAACAUUUAACUUCGGUUUCCAAAAAAGAAGGUCACCAUUGCUACCUCAAUAGUAUCAAUGAUGAAACUAAUCCAGGAAUAUAUGGUGAUUUGAGAGGUGAUAUCUUACCUAGAAAUCCUUACUUGGUAUUACAGGAAGACCCUUAUUCUAAGUUUAUGAAUCCUCCUAAUCAACAACAACGUGCUGCUAGUUUGAUAAAUUCCAGUUUGAAGUUCAUCAUAAGUUUAAGACAUGAAACUUUGAAACCGGACGUAACUCCGAAAAAUGGUAACCCUUUGACUAUGAAUUGUUAUAAGAAUCUUUUCGGAACCACCAGAGUUCCUAAAGUUGAUUCUAUCGAUAAUUACCACCAUAUCCAGAUCCAGAAAUGUCCAGAUUCCCAACAUAUCGUGGUAAUAUCCCAUAAUCAGUUCUAUAAGAUCGAAGUAUUGAAUGGAGAUAACGAAAUCUAUUUCAAUGAUUAUGACAUGUCAUUGAUCUUGCAGGACAUCAUCAUUGACUCGGAGAAAUUUGAUGCUAUCGAUAGAAUCAAUAAUGCUAUUGGUUCAUUGACCACACAAAAUUAUAACUAUUGGAGAUUGAGUAGAGUUGAACUCUCUAAAUCUAAUCUGGAGAACUUACAAGCCAUUGAUGAUGCGUUGUUCGUGGUAGUACUUGAUGAUAACACUCCUACUACUGACCAGGAGAAGACUCAGUGCAUUUCUCAUGGAUCUUCAAAAUUAGACCAUAAUGUUCAAGUUGGAAGUUGUACUUCUAGAUGGUACGAUAAGUUACAAAUCAUUGUCACUGCUAAUAGUGUAGCAGGAAUAGUUUGGGAGAGUACUUCAAUGGACUCCACUGCCAUUCUUAGAUUCAUCAGUGACAUUUAUACUGACCUGAUCUUGAAGUUGGCUAAAAACAUCAAUGCUAUCGAGUAUAGUUUAUUUGGAGAAAUCAAAUUCGUUUCCAAUAAACUCAGUUCUGAUAAGCCUAAUUAUGAAAGGUUGGUUAUCAAUAAAACUCCAGAAUUAUUGAACUUGAUCCAUUUGAGUGAAACCAGAUUAGCUGAUUUGAUUAAUCAACAUUUGUACACCACCAUUAAGUUGAAAUUCGAUGUUGCCUUAUUGUCCAAGCUUGAGAUAUCCAUUGACUCGGUGAUCCAGAUUUGUCUCCAAAUCACUAAUUACUCAUUGUAUGGAAAAAUCUCCAACACUUUGGAACCUAUCACCACCAGAAAAUUCCGUGAUGCUAGAACGGAAUUAAUAGCUGUACAAAAUGAUGAUAUCACCAAUCUUGUUAAAUUAUUCAUCACCACAUCUUCAAAAUCCAAGAAAUGGGAAUUGUUCAAUAAGUGUUGUAAGAUCCAUACGGCUCAAUAUUUGAAUGCUAUGAAGGGUAAAGGAUUCGAAAGACAUUUGACUAGUCUUUUACAUAUAACCAAUCACCCAAAGGCAUCUAAAUUCUUAAACUCCAUCAAUAAAGAAUUACCACCAUUAGAUUUCGAAGCGUUAUCUACAGAUUACUUACCUAUUUUGUCAAAUAAUGUAUUAAGUAGAAUCUUAACUCCGGAGUUACUUAUCUCGAAUUGUGGUAACCCCGCGUUAUACCUAUUUGGGAUUCCUCCUGCUGUGGACCAAGGUUUUGGAAUCGGAUAUAUCGUUCAUACCGAUAAAGUGUUACUUACCUUGAGUUCCAAGUUCCGUCAGAAUGACAGAUUCCUACACACAUUACACAAAAUUGUCAAUGAAGUUAAAAUUAUCUUGAUGUCCAAGAGUGAUUUGUUAGAUAACAUCAAUAGGGAUAAUAGCUAUAGAUCUUAUGAAGUACAAAGAUUAAGAUUUGAGAAUGAAUUGAAGAACUUAAAUAUCGAUUCCGCUGCUACAAAACAUCCUAUUGAAUUAUCUGUUGGACAAGCCACCAUUUCUUAUGAUAACAAAUCUCCUAGAUUCGAGAUAUCUGAAUCUUCGGUCAACACUCCUCUUGCCACACCCGGAGAGAGACCUCAAGCACCUUCUACUCAUCAACUUCCUUACCAAAGUAGCCAAUUGAGUGGUAACCCGAUCUCCACUUCCAACUUUGAAGACCCCGAAUCAUUUGGCUCUUCACCUAUGACCAACUCAUCCUCAGAGUUUGAUUAUUUGGGAGGUUAUGGAUACUUUGAUUUCGGAGAGUUGGACUUGCGUAAUUCAGAAUUGAAUAACUCCAACAGUUAUUUACAUUCCCCAGCAUUAUCUAGCCAUCAAUCCCAGGUCAAUUUGAGGGCAGAUUUGAAGAACAAGUUCGACUUGAAUGAAAGAAUCAGAGAGAAAUUGAACAAAAGUGUUGAUGAUUUGAAAGUAGAAAAGGAAGACAGACCAAAACAUGAAAUUGGUAGACCUUUAAAUAUGUAG